UGGCGAGGGAAGUGCCACCGUGUCCAAAGCGAGCGUCCCUUACUUGAGUCUGUAACGUUAGACGUCUUGUUUACAGUGGCUGUGCCAGGCCUGUGAGGUGGUGUGCGGCAAGCAACGUGUGUUACGGUUUUAUUACUUACAUUUAUUCUUUCGUUACAAGGGUCAUUAUAUGAAACCUCCAAUCUGGAUCGAGGCGGUAGUAACAGGAAGAAGAAGAUAGAGGAAUUCUCUAGGUCUUCUCGGGAGAAACUAGUCCAGUCGAAGAACAAAAUGUUCUCCAAAUUUACCUCCAUUCUCCAGCACGCUGUGGAAGCGCUUGCCCCAUCGCUGCCCUUGCAGGAGGACUUUGUCUAUCACUGGAAAGCCAUUACACAUUAUUACAUUGAGACUUCUGAUGACAAAGCCCCAGUUACAGACACCAACAUCCCAUCCCACCUGGAACAGAUGCUGGACAUCCUGACCCAGGAGGAAGGGGAGAGGGAGUCUGGAGAGACAGGACCCUGCAUGGAGUAUCUCCUACACCAUAAGAUACUGGAGACUCUCUACACCUUGGGCAAGGCAGAUUGUCCUCCAGGGAUGAAGCAGCAGGUUCUUACCUUCUACACAAAGCUGCUAGCGCACAUUCGUCAACCUCUUCUGCCACACAUCAAUGUCCACAGACCUGUACAGAAACUGAUCCGUCUGUGUGGGGAGGUGCUGGCUGCUCCUACAGAAAAUGAAGAGAUUCAGUUCCUUUGUAUAGUCUGUGCCAAACUGAAGCAGGACCCAUAUCUUGUCAACUUCUUCCUUGAGAACAAGUCAAAGAGACCUGAGACAAAGAGUCCUGGACAAACAGAGAUGGGGAAGGAGAAUGUGUUGGCUCCAGACACUGGUCAGUCUCUGGCAGAGGAACAGGCUGACUGCCCUGAGGAACCACAGGCUGCAGCUACUGCCUCCACCUCUAGUCCAACCACGAACAAUAAUAACAGCAACAAUUACAAUCUUGUCACCUCCCUGCUCAACCUCACAAAGAGCCCUGAUGGCAGGAUAGUGGUGAAGGCGUGUGAGGGCCUGAUGCUGCUGGUCAGUUUACCAGAGCCCGCAGCUGCCAAGUGUUUAACUGAAAACACUGAGCUCUGUGAGCUUCUGACUGACAGGCUGGUCUCCUUCUAUAAAGCCCUGCCACAGUCCAUGGACCCCUUGGACAUUGAAACAGUGGAGUCAGUCAACUGGGGUCUGGAUGUGUAUAACCUGAAGGAGGAUGCUGCUAUCUUCACAGGGAAGAGGGCUCUCAUCUCCUUCCUGUCCUGGCUAGAUUACUGUGACCAGCUCAUCAAGGAGGCUCAGAAGUCAGCAGCUGCAGUGAUGGCAAAAGCAGUGAGAGAAAGGUUCUUUGUGUCCAUUAUGGAACCGCAGCUAAUGCAAACGUCCGAGGUGGGCAUCCUGACCUCCACAGCCCUGCUGAACAGGAUCAUCAGGCAGGUGACCUCAGAGGCUCUGCUGCAGGAGAUGGUUUACUUCCUGCUGGGAGAGGAGAGGGAGCCGGAGACUCCAGCUAGUAUUGCUCAGACUCCACUCAGACACAGGCUCAUCGAGCACUGCGACCACCUGUCAGACGAGAUCAGCAUCAUGACACUGCGGCUAUUUGAGCAGCUGAUCCAGAAGCCCAACCAGCACAUCCUCCACAGCUUGGUGCUGCGUAGCCUGGAAGAGAGGAACUACCUGGAGAACAAACCGCAGGAGGAGCGGGAGCCCCUGGAGAACGGGCAGCCCCAUGAUGCUGUAGACCUUGAGGAGGAUCCACUUUUUGGUGAUGACCCCUCUCCAGACAGCAGGCUGUCUGGUUCUGAUUGGGUCAGCUCCUCUCCACCACAGAGUCCUGACCACUCAAAGUCUGACGGGAAGACAGAGGUCCACAAGAUUGUCAACAGUUUCCUGUGUUUGGUGCCCGAUGAGGCGAAGUCGUCGUAUCAAGUUGAAGGCACAGGCUAUGACACCUACCUCAGAGACGCACACAGACAGUUCAGGGACUAUUGUGGGGUCUGCCGGCGGUGGGACUGGAGGGGAAAUCCAAAGCCUUUUGAGAAGUGUAACUUGGACAUCCCAUUCUUCGAGGGCCACUUCCUUAAAGUUCUCUUCGACAGGAUGGGCCGCAUCCUAGAUCAGCCCUACGAUGUCAACCUGCAGGUGACCGCUGUGCUGUCCAAGCUGUCUUUGUUACCACACCCCCACUUGCACGAGUACCUGCUGGACCCUUAUGUGAACCUGGCCCCUGGUUGCAGGUCUCUGUUCUCUGUCAUCGUCAGGGUGGUGGGAGACCUUAUGCUGAGGAUUCAGCGCAUCCCGGACUUCACACCCAAACUGCUGCUCGUGAGGAAGAGAUUAUUAGGUCUGGAGCCAGAGGGCAUCACUAUCGACCACAUGACUUUGCUGGAGGGGGUGAUCGUGCUGGAGGAGUUCUGCAAAGAGCUGGCGGCAGUCGCCUUCGUCAAAUACCACGCAGCUGCCGCCUCCUCGCCGUAACCUUGCGGCGGUUCAUCCAUCUGCCUUGGCCAGGCAGACAGGUCAGGAUUAAACUGGGCCUUUGGGGUGUGCAGGCACCGGUGGCACAGGGUCGGCAAAACAUUACCACUAACUGCUCAUCCUGCAAGACUGUUAAAGCCCACACGGACGGGUUCAUCGCUCCCCCCCCCCCCCCCUCUUCUGGCCACUUGGGCUCCACCAUAACAAGUGUGUGGUCUUGUUUUUGAGUAGGUCAGAGCACAGACACUGCCCGGCUAGCAGAGGAAUAAGAGGAGGAGGAUAGAGGUCAAAGUGCAGAGAGAUGGUCACUGGACUUAUUUUCAGCCUCUGCGUCCUCCCAUCUUUCUUUCUUACCAGCCAAAAAAAUAUAGCCCUGUAAUUAUUAUAUCAAUAAGAAAAUGUUUGUCUAUUUAUUUUCUGUCCCGUUCUCACCCUUUUGUAAACAUCAUUGCCUUAGUUUGAAAUCACACCUUUCAGUUACAGAUGAUUGUUUCCUUUUGAAACAUUUUUAUUUCUACUACUCAUGCGUUGUCUGUUUGAAGACAAGAGGCUGUAGAGAAAAAUGCCCACCACCUUCAAACCCCUCUAUGUACCUGUAGUUACAUACAUAUUGAGCUGCAGUAUUUACGAUACUGCACUCGUAUUUUAUAUGCCAAGUCCUCUAAUUUAUUUGUUUGCUUUCAUGUUGCCUUUUUAACUGUCACAUUAGGAUAAAAUGUAUUUAAAAAAGUAAGGACUGACUAAGCAGAUUCUAUGUACUUUAUCUGCUUACCUUGUCUUUUCUUCAGUUUGUCUUUAAGUGCUUCUGCGCUCGAAGCUCACCUGUAAUCAUCACCACCCAAAGAUGUCACCAUCCGUCACAUUUUGUCAAACGAAAUGGUGAAUUUUGCAAAUGAUGUGAAUUUGCACACGGCUCUCAUUGCAUUGCACUCAUUACAUUAUUCAGGUUCAUUUAUGCUUUUUAUUUGUUUUUUGUUGCUUUCACGAAAGAUGUCGUUGGCAUUUGUGUGGGAAGAGACAUCUUGUUUUUGAUUCCACAUAAGUUCUGAUAUUUUUAUUUUCCAGACCCAGUGUUGCAUUUCUCACACACCAGUGUUUAUUUUAUCCAGGAGAUACUGUAUUAUUGUCUUUUACAACAUUUAUAAUUCUCAAUAAUCAGUUUAUACUGUUGAUGGGAGGGAUACGGAGCACCAAACCCUUUUAUUGGAUUUUGAUCCCUAAAACAAAGCUGUGUCUACAUAGUUAUUCAACCAGUGUGAUUCUAACUUCUUACUUCUAACUUUUUGUUGAAAUUAUCCUGUAAUUCAUUGGGAAAACGCAAAGAUUAGAAGAAAGUCUGAACUAAACUACGUCAUCCCCCAAUAUUGUUAAUCAUCUCAUGACCCCUUCAAUUGCUGUCAUGGCGAGCUCUGACGUUAGUUCAUAGGUUAUCAUGACUUCCUAUGAGGUGUUUGUAUUUACUGGCAGUAUUACCUUUUCAUCCUGAUCUCGAAUGAUCACGGUGCUGUGCAUUGUUGGAACGGGUAGUUUGCUUGUAAUCAGUGAUUCAUUACGUUUGAAUUGGUCUAAAUCAAGAUGCUACUUAAUAUAACCUUGAUUCUUGUCUUCUGUUCCAGUGUGAAUGUUUCCAUGAUUGGAAAGCUUGUUUGUUUGGCGAGGAGUUUGUUUAUGUGUGAGUGUAACGACAUAUUAUUGCAGCGGAGAAUGGACGGAGUCAUUCGUUGAAGCCUUGAGUCUUGUUUGUUUUUGUUUUUUCCCCAUUUCUUCUGCUCUCACCUCAAACCAGGCACCUAAACAACAUUAUGCAACUGCUUGCAUGGAAUCAGAUUUGCACAUUGUCUUUCUCCAUCUUUGUUCAUAAUGUAAAGAUACAACACAAAAAGCUUUUGUUUGUUGUUUUUCUCCAAAUGUUUUGUUUCAUAAACCAAAAAAAAAAAAAAAUGUAGGAUGGUACCAGGAGUAACAUUUCUAUUUUAAUGGGAAACUUUUUUUAAAUUGUCAAUCAUGCACAUUUUUAAUCAACUCUUUCCAACGCGUUCUGUACAUUUAUAUAUUGUAUGUGUAUAAUAGCAAUAGAGAUAUACUACCUGGCGUAAAUGCAUGCUUAUUCAUAAUUUUUCAUUGUUGAAAGAAAGAAAGAAGGGAAAAAAAGGCAGUCCAGCCAUCUGUGAUGAUUCCUCAGCUGUCAGCACUUUGUUCUUAGAAGACACUGACGGGGAGAUACGAUGCCUUACUUCACACUGUGGAUCUCUGAGGACUCCUGGAAUCGACGAGUAAGGGGUUUCUGAUUCACUACGGCCUGUUGUGAUCUUAUUAUGCCUCUCUCUUGUUACAUAGACUUUGUUUUGUUUGUGAAGAUGUAAAGGACUCUCAGUAUAGUUAAAAAUCUGAUGCCAAUGCAUUUAUUUUCGUGUGUCAGCUUGGACCAAUCACUGUAUGAUGUUGCUGCGUCUUUUUAUGUCCGUCGCUGCUUUUCUUCUGGUGUGAAAUGGGAUGAGUUUCAUUAUACUUCUUC